AUGGGUCUUGCCCUUUGAGCUCGUUUCAGAGAUCCUAAAAUAUAUUUCUGUUCUCCCCUUCCCCUCUGCUCUUGUUACCCAAAUUGUGUCCUCUGUAACCAACAAGUACAGAGAAUUAAAGAGUUUUGGUUUUUGGUUUCGGUUCAUUCUUGUCUUCUCAAUCUUUCGAGGAGCAACCAAUGGCUGGAAUUUGCUGCGGUCUAGUUGGAGAAAGCGAGACUUCAGCUCCGAUUGAACCAAGCUCCCGGACCUCGAGACGCCGGAGAUUGGAUCUUUUGUCGAUUAAGUGUAUUGCCGCCGAUCACAUGGCGCUGCAGCAGGCGGUGGAUAACGGCCGGAAGCGGCAGAAGCUUGAUCUGUUGCGGUCCUUGUCUCGGGACUGCGAAAAACGUGAAGUGUCAGACGCAACUAUGCGUUUGGAUGGCGAGGAGGCGGUUAUUUCACGUGGAGAGUCCAAAGCUUUGCAUGCGGAAAACGAAGUGGUCGUUCCGCCGCGGGUGGUGCGGGAACCCCCGCGCUUCGGUUGCACUUCGGUUUGCGGAAGGAGAAGAGAUAUGGAGGACGCCGUUUCGAUUCACCCUACGCUCUGUCGAAACGACGCUUCCGACUCCGAUGGAUGCCACUUCUACGGUGUUUACGACGGCCACGGUUGCUCUCAUGUUGCGUUGAAGUGCAAGGACAGGUUGCAUGAGAUCGUGAAAGAAGACCUGGAAAGACAGAGCGUCGUUCAAUGGAAGGACACCAUGGAGCGAAGCUUCUCGAAAAUGGACCAAGAGGUCGAGGCCGGGAACCAAGUCCUUCAGAGUCCCAACUGCAGAUGCGAGCUCCAGACUCCGCAGUGCGACGCCGUGGGGUCCACCGCCGUCGUGGCGGUGGUGACUCCGGAGAAGAUCAUCGUCUCCAAUUGCGGCGACUCCCGCGCCGUGCUCUGCCGGGGCGGCGCCGCCGUGCCUCUCUCCUCCGAUCAUAAGCCUGACCGACCAGACGAGCUGCACCGGAUCGAAGCCGCCGGAGGGCGCGUGAUCUACUGGGACGGCCCUAGAGUCCUCGGAGUGCUCGCCAUGUCGCGAGCCAUCGGCGACAACUAUCUCAAACCGUACGUUAUAUCGGAGCCGGAGGUGACGAUCAUGGACCGGACGGCGGAGGACGAGUGUUUGAUUCUGGCCAGCGACGGCCUUUGGGACGUCGUCUCAAACGACACCGCUUGCGGCGUCGCACGCAUGUGCCUGCGCGCGCAGAAGACGCGAGGAGCUUCGGGCGGUGACGUGGCGGACGGGGAGUCGUCGGGCGGCGAGAAUUCCGACAAGGCGUGCGCCGACGCCUCCAUUCUGCUGACGAAGCUGGCCCUGGCGAGGCAGAGUUCGGAUAACGUCAGCGUGGUGGUGGUGGAUUUGAGGAGGCAUGACAGACCGUGAUGAUGAGCUAUGCGACGUCGUUUUUAUGUUAUACUAAUACUAAUGUAGCCGCAGUGGGGAAAUUUACCAAAUUAGUGGCUUUUCAUUUGUUGAUUGUUAGUUGUAAAAGCUGCUGGGUUUCUCUUAUUAACAAGGUUUUAAGAGAAAUGAGGAAUUGAAGAUUUCCCCUUAGAUGUGGUUUAAUUUAGGUUUUCUUAUUAAGGGUUCGUUUUUCUUGGUUCUUUUCAACCUUCACAGGUCUGCAGAAGGUUGCAGGGUUGUGAUAUACAUCUAAAGAGUGAAUAUGUACGAUGGUUGGUUUUUUGUUUUCGUUA